AUGGUUGAAAAUAACAAUAAAGAUCUUGAGGAGCCUCUCUUGUAAAAAGAAAAAGCACCUACUCAAGAAAAAUAAAAGAUUCUCUUUGGACAUGUAAUUGGUUGUUCAUUACUGAUUGGAAUUCAAAAUUUCUUCUAUGCUUUAUCUGACGACGAUGAUUUUGAACUAAUCUUUCUAUCAUUCAGUGGAUUCCUAUUGAUAAGCUUGAUUUUCAAAUUUUUACAGAUAAAACAAUCAAAGCAAACAAGCAAGAAUUUUUCACAGUAAAUGAUAGAAGUAUUUAUGAGAGGAAUGUCUUCUAGGGAGAUACUCCUCCACAACAUCUUCAGAGCAUUAAACUUCUUUGCCUACAUAUAUUUACUAAUAGUAAUCACUAAUUUAUGCAAGAAAGCAAAUCUUAACAUUGGUAUCGCUAUGAGUCUUCUCUGUUUUUCUAUUGUUUUCUAGAUAAUAUUUGGGUGGCUUUACUUUAGAGAAAAAUUGAGUAAAACAAUGAUUUUUGGAAUUUUAAUAAUCAUAUCAGGAGUAUCCUGGGUUUCAAUAGCAAAAAAUCAAGAAAUAAAUUCCAAUAUUCCUACUUAAUAGGAAGUUUAGAAUUAAAAUCAGUUUUACCUGAGACUCUAAGUAGUAGGGUUGUCAAUAUUUUGUGCAUUUUUAUCAUGUACUAGAGGCAUUCAAGCUAAAUAUUUAUAUCUUAAGAUUGGAUAUAAUCCAUAUGAUUUUUCAGUUGAUUGCGGGUUUCAAUGCGCUAUAAUAUGUUUACCAUUCUUUCUGUACUAUUUCAUCACAGGAUAUCCCAAGUAUAAUACUUAGAAUUUUGUGAUAGGGUUUCUAACAAGUGUUCCAAUGAUGCUAACUAGUUUACUUGGACUAACUGCAGUUGUUAAAGGACCGAUGGGUCCUUCAAUGGCAAUCAUUCAAACUCAUAGUAUAUGUAGUGCAAUUUUAGGAGCAGUGUUCUUAAAUAUGAUUCCAAAUCUAGAAUAAGUAAUGGCAAUGCUUCUAGUAGUUGCUGGAGCAAUGGUGGUAUUUUUAUUCAAAUGA